GGUGCACACGCAAGUGGUGUUGACUUUAGCAGCCUCCGUAGGAAGCCCUUCCUUCAUUAAAACAAAACUGAGGCAGGGCGGAAGUGAAACAAGUUCUCCGCACAAAGGACGAGUCGACGUAAACAGAGCAUAUUAAAACAACCAUCCGACCAAACAAACAGAUUUAGCUACAGUAAAUACAGUAUGGCCACUCAAGACCCGGUGUAUAACACCACCACAACAGCACCAGCACAGGCAAACAAAUCUAAAGGAUGGUUCAACGUGCCAUCAGAAAAUCUGGAGACAAUACGAUUUGUGAUAAAAGUGGUCGAAAUGCUGCUGUCGUUUGUGGCUUUCGUGAUGGAGGAGGUCGUGUCCCACUGUGCGUCUUGUGGACCGCUUUACUUCUUUGAGUUUGUGAGUUGCACAGCCUUCCUCUUCACACUUCUGCUCCUCAUCCUUCUGGCAACAAGUCUCCACCAGAGAGUCGGAAUUAAGUGCUGGCCUACACUGGAUUUUACAUACACAUCAGGCAUGGCAGUCAUGUUCCUCAUUGCCAGCAUUGUGUUUGCAGCAGGCAAUGGUCGGACGGGCUUGGAGCAGGGUGCAGUGGCAUUUGGCUUCAUGUCCACGAUAGCCUUCUUUGCAGAAGCUGCUUACUUUGUGAAACUGCAUGGUAUUCCGUGCCUUAAGAGAAACAAUCUACCAGCAGACGCAACACCAAGACAACCAGAGAUUGAGAAACUUAAUGCUAAUGGAGCAGAAUCUGCUUGAGGCCUGGUAGCGUUUUCACCAGCAUUCAAAUCCAAAAGCAAACAAUUUUUUAUAAAUAUGAAUUAUUUUUACCCAAAGCAAAAAACGAAAAAGUCUUAAUAAUUCCAUUUCAGUCAGUUUUAUUCUGGCUUUUUUUGUCCAGUUUUAUAUUGUGCCUAAACGUUUUGCCUUUGUAUUACAUAAGUCUUAAUUUCACAGGUAGUAUUUUAACAUGGAAUCCUUGACCAUAUUUUUACUGUACACAAAUGAAGUUAUCAUGUCAUGUCACAAGUGAAGUUAUCACUGUUUUUGUGUGUGUUCUGUGCUAUUUCGGACAUAAACUCUUAAGCAUUAACGAGUACAAAAAUAUGCACUGUACUCCAUUAUAGAGUACUACUUUUCUGAUCUUUGAAAUACUUUUAUAUGCAUGCCUGAAGUAAUAUAUUUUGGAGAAAAUCAGGGUUUGAUCAUGUUGAAAAUAUCAAUUUACUAUUGUCUGCUUUUCAGCGCAGGAAUUUGAAUAUAAUGUUGAUUUAAGAGGAUAAGAAAAUUAUAUAUAUUUUUUAACACUUGGGACAGGCAGUGGUAUAUUAACCAAUAAGCGAGGUAAUCAGCCGCUUGGGGCGCCAGUAAAUCUGGGGGCCCUCAAUAAAUACCUAGAAAUAUAAAUUAUACCCAUAAAUUAUAUGACAUCGUUUUUUGUUAUAUUUUGUAUGGUGAGGGUCUAACAACGAUAGAUUUAGAUAUAGAGAUAGAUAUUUUGACAUAAUUAUUACAUUGAUUAUUCCAUCUGCGCAAAGUUGUCCCCCACAUCUCUCUCAUGGAGCAGUCCAGCAGUCAAAUCAGGUAAAUAUUUAGUUUUAAAAACAACAUUCCUUAGACAUUUAGACAUAAUAAAUACAUUUCUUUAUUAUUUUUUAAGUUCUGAAUUCAGUUUAAGGAAGCAAAUAAUUUAAAUAUAUAGCGAUUGCAUUGCGAUUAAAAGGUAGAAAAUUAAAUUGAGUGAAAAGUAUAUUAAAAAUAAACAAAUAAAAGUACAUAUUGUGCAUUUACGGACUGUUGGGCCCCAUGGCUCGAAUUGUUUGGGGCCUCCAAUCACAAAACCUGCCCCUGGGGACAGGUAAAUAUUACACUGAAUACAUACACACACACACACACACACACACAUACACACAUACACACGUCGUCCUUAAGUCAGUUAUACUGUAAAAAUGUUUAUUGAGCUGAAGAAAUGAAUGUGGCGAAAGCAGGACAGCAUUGUUUUGGCCCUGUGAUGAUCAUGUUUCGCUGUACAGUCAUACAAUUGUUUGUUUUUAUUGAAUCAAUCUAUCAUUUUUAUAUUGUGUGGAACUCGAAAUGUUGUAUAUUUUCUUCUGUGCUUGAUCUUGUUCCAUGUGAGCCCAGAUUGUGUGUAAGAUAGCGUGCUGAUGCUAUGAAUAUGAAGUGUUAAACUGAAUGCAUGUCUUACAGGUCUUCUUUUUUUAUUGCGAGGUUUGUGCGUUUAGGCCCUGAUGUGUUUGUUUAGAUGCCCGAGGAAUUAAACGGACUGCAAGUUUUCCAAGACACUAAUCUGCCUUACGCUUUAACCCUCCUGUGCUUUACGACUUGACUGCUGCUUUCUGUUAAUUGAGCGUUGUGUAUAUUUUACAAUCUAGAUAAACUGAACAGUAAACUUAUAGUACAGUAGCCACUUUCUCCUUCUGAAGAUUUGAAUCGAGUGUCUUGUUAAGUUGCCAAGGAUUUUUAUAUUUUUAAAAAGCAAAGACAUUUGACAAAAUUGACAUAGUUUGAAUACCAGCAUUGUUUCUACCUUUUAAAAGUCACAUGGAACAUUUUACAGCACUGUAUAUGAAACCAUCUCUCCAUUCAAUUUAAGCAAUAAAUAGAUCAUGGGCUUAAGAGAA